UCGUAUAGACAAGCAAUUUUCUCUCCUUAGCCCUCUCUCUAUACGCAAGGGAAAGACUUUGGCUUUCUCAUUCGUCUUGGCCUCUUCCCCCUCUCUCUCCCUCUCUCUCUAAGCCCCCACGAAUUCAAGUUUGUUCAAGAAGGCUUGGCUCUCCUGAACUAGGUUUCUUCUCUCACGUGGGCUUUCACCCUUUGGAGCUUUUACAUGGAGAUGGAUUCAGCUCAUCAGGAUCACGAUGACAAGUGCAUUGAAGAAACAACUUCUGACCAGUUACUUCAUCCGGAUUCUCCUGAUAUAAAUGAUAUAUUUGGAGAACCACUCGUGCAUCCUCGAGUGGGUUAUGAGUAUCAGGUCGAAAUUCCUCUCAUGAUCACAGAAAGUGAGCGUGAUAAGCUUUUGGUGAACCCAGCUGAUGCAGAAGUCAUUGUCGAUGUUUCCCAUUCCUUUCUAAUGGGAUUGCCCAUCCCUAUUGUGCAGGUUCUGGAUGAAGUAACUAACAUUAAAGAUGGAGGGAUUGGGUUUAAUAAUUCUGAUGAUUCAGUUAAUAAAAAUGGGCCCUUGGAAUCUAAAAACAGAAAAAGAAGCCAGAUUAAUUCAAAUAAGAAAGGUUCAAAACUCAAAGUUGAAUCUUUGGAUGUUACGUUGAACCCUGGAAAGGAAUCAACAGCAACAAGCCCUGACUCCAAGGUGAUGGGAAGCACUGACCUGGAUCAAAUGCAUGGAAGCAAAAGUUACCUUACAGUUCCUGGUUCAUUAGGUGACUCUUGGAGUGAUAUUGAAGUGGAUAGUUUUAUCCUCGGUUUAUAUAUAUUUGGAAAGAAUCUUAUUCAGGUAAAAAGAUUCAUUGAGAGCAAAGGGAUGGGAGAUAUACUGUCCUUUUAUUAUGGGAAGUUCUAUAGAUCUGAUGGAUACCGUAGAUGGUCAGAUUGUCGGAAGAUGCGACGUAGGAAGUGUAUACAUGGGCAGAAGAUUUUUACAGGAUGGAGACAGCAGGAAUUGUUAUCUCGUUUGCUUCCCCAGGUUUCACAGGAAUGCCAAAAUACACUGCUGGAGGUCUCUAAGAGUUUUGCAGAGGGGAGAACUUCAUUAGCAGAAUAUGUCUCCAGUUUAAAAAUUACCGUUGGCAUCUGCAAUCUCAUUGAAGCAGUAGGUGUUGGUAAGGGGAAGGAUGGUCUUACAGGCAUUGUGAUGGAGCCUAUAAAGAUCCAUCAAUUUUUUUCUGUUCGUCCUGAAAUACCAAUUGGUAAAGCUUGCUCCUCUCUUACAUCCAGCGACAUAAUCAAGUUUCUCACAGGAGAUUUCCGUUUGAGCAAAGCUCGAUCAAAUGAUCUUUUCUGGGAAGCUGUUUGGCCCCGUUUGCUAGCAAGAGGGUGGCACUCUGAACAACCUAAGAAUGAGGGAUGUGCCAGCUCCAAACAUUCUCUAGUUUUUCUUGUUCCUGGUGUUAAGAAGUUCUCAAGAAGGAAACUUGUGAAAGGAGAUCACUACUUUGAUUCUAUUAGUGAUGUCUUGAGCAAAGUUGCAUCUGAACCAAAAAUUCUUGAACUUGAGGAUGAAGAAACUGGAGUGAGCAGCUGCAAGGAAGGAAAUGGAUGGGUCCCAGAGGCAAAGCUGGACAAUGACGAUCCAUCUGAUCAUCAACGUCAUUGUUACCUUAAACCCCGAGUUUCUACAUGCAAUCUGAAUCUUAUGAAGUUUACUGUUGUAGAUACCAGUUUGGCUUGUGGAGAAAAAUCAUCCAAAGUGAGAGAACUAAGAAGUUUGCCAGUUGAGAGUCUUGAGACUAUAAAUAAUUCCAACCUGACUAGCUCCAGAGUAACUGGGGGGGAUUCCUCCGAGGAUUCACAAGAUGAGUCAGACUCUGCUGAUAUGUCAUUGAAUGGUCAAAAGAAUACUACUAAUUCCAACCACGCCAAGGCCAUAUCUCAUAGUAGUAGUUUGACCCAAAGGGUGUCAACUAAUAGUCCUGAUGCUGCGAAGAAACUAGUGGAAAAUAACCAGGAUCAGAACACCAAUACAUCUGAUGACAAGCAUUUGCGGAGAAAUAUAAAGCACCAAUUUAGUCGGAGAACGAAAUCUGGUCAUUCAAACUAUUUAGCCCCCCUCAUUAAAAGGCGGAGAUUGACUGCUUGUGCUAAGGCGGAGACAAGUCGAGCGGAAAGUUUGUCGGUCGGUCCUCUGUCAAAACAAGAAAAAUCACAUUGCAUGUUGGGCUCAUCAGAGGCAAGUAAGAAUGAUGUUUCUCAAGAAGGUCCUUCUCCUCGGGAGAAGGCAUCAUCUAUUAGUUCUUCAGAUGGAGGCAGCCCAGAAGACGAGACAGUCAUUCUCGGUGGGACUUCUGUUGGUAUGGAUUUGUCUCAUGAGAAAAAUGAUAAACCUCAAACCCGGCCAUUGAUUGAUCUAAACCUACCACAAGUCCCAUCAGACUCUGAAAAUGGUGAACGACUGGCGACAAAUGUGGAAAAUAGCCAGGUCGCUUCAACUGCCAAUGGCUCAUGCUGUUCUUCUGAUAGAAACAUACUUAUGGAAGAUUCCAAGGCACUGAGAACCUCUGUCAAUGCUGGUAGUGCAGAGGAGCAGCCUAUCAUGAAACCCCAGAGGCAAAGCACAAGAAAUCGACCAUUAACCACUAAAGCAUUGGAAGCUCUUGCCAGUGGAUUCUUAAACACUAGACGCAAGAGAAAAGGCACAGAAGUUCAAGCAGAAGAAAACCCAAUCUUGAGGCCUUCCCGCAGGGCCCGCAGCAGAGUUACAGGAACUCCAAAUUGUGCUAAUCCUGGCACUGGGAUGAUGGAUUCCAAGGAAGCAAAUGGGGCGGAUGGAGUUUGUAAUGAUAACACAUAUGCUUGGAAAUUCUCU